GAAACAUUUGGGGUCCUUUCACUUCACGUGUGCGCCUGCAGCUUUGACAUCGUGAGAGAAAACCAUGCCGAAGUCAAGGAGGGACAAGAAAAUUUCGUUAACGAAAACAGUCAAGAAAGGACUGGAGUCAAAACAGAAGUUAAUAGACGAGCUACGGAAAUGUGUAGACACCUACAGAAACCUGUUCAUAUUCUCUGUGGCCAAUAUGAGGAAUAACAAACUGAAAGACAUCAGGGCAGCAUGGAAACACAGCAGGUUCUUCUUUGGGAAAAAUAAAGUCAUGAUGAUUGCCUUGGGUAAAGGACAAUCGGACGAAUACAAAGAUAAUUUGCACAAGAUCACCAAGUGUUUACGAGGAGAAGUGGGCGUGCUAUUCACAAAUAAAACAAAGGAUGAAGUACAGGAGUAUUUCAGUCAUUUCAAAGAGACGGAUUAUGCACGGUCAGGCAACCAAGCACAGAUGGACAUAACUCUGGAUGAGGGACCCCUCGAACAGUUUCCUCACUCAAUGGAGCCCCAGUUGAGGCAAUUAGGACUUCCCACUGCCCUCAAGAAAGGAGUGGUGACACUGCUGAAGGACCAUGAAGUCUGUAAGGAGGGAGACGUGCUAACUCCUGAGCAGGCUCGUAUUCUGAAACUCUUUGGCAUCGAGAUGGCAGAAUUCAAGGUCCAGAUCAAAUGUAUGUGGAACUCGGAGACCGGCGAGUUUGAGAACAUUGCUGGUGAGGAAGAGUCUAUGCAGGAUAACGAAGAAGAGGAAGAGGAUGAUGCAGAAUAAAACAUCUACAUGGACAGACGUCUGCACACAUCUGUUUUUUUUUUUAAGUCAGUUUUUCCAGCCUUUAAUAGCAGAGGGACUUUGAUGUUGAAAACAUUUAAUCCUGACAGCAUGUGCUGCUCCUGGAGUCUGUAAUCUCUCUCCCUGUGUCCUUUGUUCACCCCCCCAAACAUGAACAUAUGUUUGUCAACCUUAAAUUUUAGCUUUGGGCUGAAUUGUUUUUCAGUAAACACUGGUGACUGGAGUCAAAAGAUGUAAUAAUCCCCUACAUGUAAUCAUGAGAUGCCACUUGUUCUGUCAACAAAAGGGUUGUAUUGCAUGCAAGAAUUUUGCCAUUCAGCCCAAACAAAUCGGCACGUUCUUGUGUGUGACGACCCAACUCAUCCAAUGUAUUCACUGUACAAAAAACACUUUUUUUAUGUGAAAAAUUGAGUUUCUUUUUAUUGUAACAGUUUCAUUAAGGCAGACUCCAGAGAAGGUUAUUUUUUUCCUGAAAAAAUAUCCAGAGUUUUCAUUUUUACAUUUGUACAUUGACAAUGAAGUGCUCUUCACAUUAA